CACAAGUAAUUCAUCAUUCAAAUAGAAGCAAAAGUAGUGAAAAAACAAGAUGCAAGGGAAGUUCCUUGGAUAUCCACAACAGCAAUGCUAUGGUGAAGAUGGCAUGUGGAUGGAAGCUAAGGCUCAACAACAGCAGAGCCAUGGUUUCCAUCAAGAUUCUUAUACCACUGACCAUAGCAACUACUACGAUAAGCAACAAUUUCCACUCCCUGCCAUGCACAUGAAGCCAGGUGGUUUUGGCAAAGAAUCUGAUCAUUCUUUUUCAAAACAUCAUGGCCAUGGCUCCAAUAUAGGAGGAAACCACAACAUGUUUCAUCAGGAUAGCAUGUCUAAUGGACAUGGCUUUGGUAACAACAACCAUGGCCAUGGCAAUGGCCAAAAAUUCCCUUUUGGUGCUACCAACAAACACUCACCUCAUCAUGGUGGUGGUGUUAGGCCAUUCAAUCAUCAUGGUGGUGGCCACAAUGACUAUGUCUCAGAGCAUGAGGAGUAUGAGUUUGAAGCUUACAAGGAGGAGUGUGUUGGUUCUGGCGCGAGUAAGAUGGAUGAGAUGAGAUAUGAGCGUCAUGGAACAUAUGGAGGAGAUGUUCACUAUGCUAAUCCAUAUGGAUACAAUAAUAACAACAGGAUUAAGCCUCAUGGUCAUGGUCAUGGUCAUGGAAGUCACAAAGUCAAUUGGACACUCAAGGGGGUCUAACAUGCGCAUGCUUGCUUGGUUACUGUUACUACCUCUGGAUCGGAUCGAGUAUCAAUAAAUUGUGUGCUUUGUUUGCUGUUUUCAUAUUUUAAUAAUUUGCCCUGAUUAUAAAUGGUGCUUCCUAUAUAUGAUCAAUGUUAUCUGUAACUCAUUCUGAAGCUAUGAAAUAUAUGGACUUUUAUAUAUAUGUUA